AGGCGAAGCGGGGCCGUAGCUAGAGUAGGACUGGAAGGAGGGGAGUGGGUGGAUAGCGCGACCACCUGGGAAUGGGAAAUGGCCCUCACAGUGGCAGGGGCGCCGCGUACCUCCGGCAGCACAGCCCCUCCCACGCGAGCGGGCGCCAAAGGGGCGGCCUCCGGGGGCCCACCCUGGGACACUCAGGGGAUGGUGCGCCCGGCCCGCCUGCUGCGCACAGCCCAAGCGAGGACAGCUGGCGCUGAGGAUUCCGCGUGGGGGUCGGAAGGAGUGCUCUGCACCCGGCCCGCUCCUCUGACAGUGAAUUGAGCGCGCGCUUUUCCUAGAAUUGACCACGCCUCCCAACUGCUACUCUGCUUCUCCUCUUGCUUAGAAACUCCAGCUUCACCUCCCCGCGAAAUGGACCCCAACUGCUCCUGCUCCAGUAGUGGCUCCUGCACCUGUGCCAGCUCCUGCAAAUGCAAAGUGUGCACAUGCACCUCCUGCAAGAAGAGCUGCUGCUUCUGCUGCCCUAUGGGCUGUGCCAAAUGUGCCCAGGGAUGUGUCUGCAAAGGGAUGUCGGACAAGUGCAGCUGCUAUGCCUGAUGUGGGGAAAGCCCUGCUCCCAGAGGUAGAAAGUGUCCAAACCAGAAUUGUUUUCCAUACAAUCCUGACCCAGUAGGACAUUUGCUUUUUUCAAAAAUAAAAUAUGGGGCCGGGCGCGGUGGCUCACACCUGUAAUCCCAGCACUUUGGGAGGCCAAGACAGGUGGAUCCCGAGGUCAAGAGAUCGAGACCAUCCUGGUCAACAUGGUGAAACCCCGUCUAUACUGAAAAUACAAAAAAUUAGCUGGGCAUGGUGGUGCGUGCCUGUAAUCCCAGCUACUCAGGAGGCUGAGGCAGGAGAAUUGCCUGAACCCAGGAGGCGGAGGUUGCAGUGAGCCGAGAUCGCGCCAUUGCACUCCAGCCUGGGUAACAAGAGCGAAACUCUGUCUCAAAUAAAAUAAAAUAAAAUAUGUUAAUCAUAAGACAAGUUGACUAUAUCCUGGCUCUGUCUUACAUUAUGUGCCUUGGAUAAAGGAACCUGACACCAAACAGAGAUGGAGUGAGGGAAUGCAUUGAGACCAGACACGUGUGUGCUAUCAUCGUAUCAUCUUACACAGUGUCUUAAGGCAAAUCACAUUACCUAUCUCAGCUAAAAAAUGUAAAAGCAUUAUACAGUAGGUUGGGAAUGGUGGCUCACACCUGUAAUUGCAGCGUUUUGGGAGGCCAAAGUGAGUGGAUCACCUGAGGUCAGAAGUUCAAAACCAGCCUGGCCAACGUGAUGAAACCCCCAUCUCUACAAAAAAUACAAAAGUUAGUUGGGAGUGAUUUCAAGUGCCUGUAAUUCCAGCUAUUCAGGAGGCUGAAGCAAGAGAAUCACUUGAUCCUAAGAGGCAGUGGUUGCAAGAAGCCGAGAUCAUGCUACUGCAUUCCAGCUUGGGUGACAAGAGGGAAACUCCAUCUCAAAAAAAAAAAAAAAGGCAUUAUACAUGUAAGAGAUACAGUGGCAUGGGCAUCUGUAACAGACCUAAGCUUUGGCAAA